CUUGACCAGUGAGCGGCUAACGGCUACGCUAGAUGCUAACAACAACGUUGAACCGUUGACGCAGAGACGGAGAGAGUCGACGCCAUCUUGUCUGUUUUGUUGUGGAGGACCAGCCCCUCUCUCUCUCGCUCUCUCUGCGGCGUGUGGUGCUGUUUGAAACGGCCGAGGUGAUGACUGGCGGGAACGAGUUCCACAAAAGCUACAACAACGACGACAACAAGGAGUCGGAGUGCGGGAUGGACGUCGACAUGGACUCGAGCCACAUGGACAGUGAGCGCGGGGAACUGGACACGAGCAUCCCGGCUGCGUGUUCCUCGAACGGCAGCGGCGGGGAAGAGGACGAGGCGGAGGCCGUGGACCGCGCCAGACAAGCCGGGGGCUGUAGUAGUCAGCACGCCCCGGGCGGAGGAGGCCUCGGCGGCAGGGAGCAGGAAGUGUCGGUGGAGAUCGGAGAGACGUAUUUGUGUCAGAGAGCCGACAAGACGUGGCACACAGCAGAGGUGAUUCAGUCCCGACUGAACGAGCAGGAGGGCCGGGAGGAGUUCUACGUCCACUAUGUAGGAUUCAACAGGCGGCUGGACGAGUGGGUGGGUAAGGCCCGCCUCGCUCUCACCAAGACGGUGAAGGACGCGGUGAGGAAGAGCACGGAGAUCGGGGGCGUCGGCGACUUGGGCGAGCAACCCGAGAGGAAGAUCACCCGCAACCAGAAGCGCAAGCACGACGAGAUCAACCACGUGCAGAAGACAUAUGCAGAGAUGGACCCGACGACAGCUGCACUGGAGAAGGAGCAUGAGGCGAUCACCAAAGUGAAAUACGUGGACAAGAUCCAGAUUGGGAACUUUGAGAUCGACGCCUGGUAUUUCUCCCCAUUUCCAGAAGACUACGGCAAACAGCCCAAACUGUGGAUCUGCGAGUACUGUCUGAAAUACAUGAAAUUCGAGAAGACGUUCAGACAUCACCUGUCUCACUGUCAGUGGAAACAACCGUCAGGAAAAGAAAUCUACAGGAGAAGCAACAUCUCUGUGUUCGAGGUGGACGGACGAGACCACAAGAUCUACUGUCAGAAUCUUUGUCUCUUAGCGAAACUGUUCCUCGACCACAAGACGCUGUACUUCGACGUGGAGCCGUUUAUCUUCUACAUCCUCACCGAGGUAAACAAACAGGGAGCGCACAUCGUCGGAUACUUCUCCAAGGAGAAAGAGUCUCCAGACGGGAACAACGUGGCGUGUAUCCUCACGCUGCCGCCGUACCAACGUCGAGGCUACGGGAAGUUUCUCAUCGCCUUCAGUUACGAGCUGUCGAAGCUGGAGAGUUCGGUCGGUUCUCCGGAGAAGCCUCUGUCCGACCUCGGGAAGCUGAGCUACCGGAGCUACUGGUCCUGGGUCCUGCUGGAGAUCCUGAGAGACUUCAGGGGGACGCUGUCUAUCAAAGACCUCAGUCAGAUGACCAGCAUCACGCAGAGUGACAUCAUCAGCACGCUGCAGUCGCUCAACAUGGUGAAGUACUGGAAAGGUCAACACGUGAUCUGUGUGACGCCCAAACUGGUGGAGGAGCAUCUGAAAAGCGCCCAGUACAAGAAGCCGCCAAUCACAGUCGACACCAUGUGUUUGAAGUGGGCGCCGCCCAAAAACAAACAGGUCAAGUUGUCAAAGAAGUGAGAGACUAUUCACCUGUCCGUCACCUGCCUGUCGUCAGUUAUGAAAACUCUCUGUAUAUAAUAAUUAGAAGCGUCUUGUCCGUAUUUUCUUAAAAUAUAACUUAAAAAAACUAA